AAAAGUUAGCAAUCCACAUGACAUUUUUAUAUUACUUUUCAGGAUAAUAAAAAGAAAAAAGAAAAAAUAUGCAACUCCUGAGGUCAAUAGGAUUUUUCCAUGGAAAUAUUUUAUUAUUUUGUGUCACAACAGGUGCAGGAAUCUUUGUGUCUCCUAAAGGGGUAUUAAAAUACUCUUCACUGAACAUAGCUGUCUCCCUGAGUAUUUGGGCUGCUUGUGCUGUUCUGACUAUCAUCAGCGCUCUCAGUCUUGCAGAGCUGGGGACAACCUUCCCUAGAAGUGGAGCGCCUUACUAUUUCCUCAAAAGAUCUCUUGGAUCCUCUGUUGCUUUCCUCAGUCUUUGGAUCAAAUUUUUUAUUUAUCCCUUAGGAAUAGCUACGCAAAGCUUGAUAAUAUCUACCUAUAUAAUUCAGCCUUUCUAUACCAGGUGCCCAGCUCCAGAGCUACCAAAGAAAUGUCUAGCUUUGGCUAUUUUGUGGUCACUGGGACUUCUAAAUACUCGAGGGGUGCUAACAGUGGCUUGGUUUCAAACUAUCAGUGUUUUGAUGAAAAUCACUAUCCUCUGCUUCAUUUCCCUUACUGGGAUUGUACUGUUAGGGACUGGGAAAAAGGAGAAUGUGGCCAAGUUUGAGAAUUCUUUCGACGCUGAACUUCCUGGUGCCUCACAGAUUGCAGAAGCCUUACUCCAAGGAUUGUUUGCAUAUUCUGGUACAUCAAUCCUGAUCAACAUAGCAGGAGAGAUAAAAAAUCCCGGUGAGAAUAUUCCCAAAGCUCUGAUUACCGUUCUUCCCAUGGUGGCUGUUGUUUACGUAUUGGUGAAUAUAUCCUACCUGGCAGUUUUGACCCCUCAGGAAAUCAUCUCUGCAGAUGCUGUUGCUGUCACCUGGAUGGAUAAAGUAAUCCCUUCCAUGCAAUGGGUCAUUUCUUUUGGGAUUUCAACUUCAAUAGUUAGCAACAUAUGUUGUACAGUGCUUUCAGCAUCGAGGCUGUUCUACACAGCAAGCCAAGAAGGACAACUACCUUUGAUCUUCUCCAUGCUUAAUAACUACUUCAGUCCCACUGUUGCUAUCACCCAGAUAAUCAUCUUAGCUUCUUGUCUUAUUAUAGCCUCAGAUUUAAUCAAUUUAAUAAAAUAUUCAGGAUUAGCAACCUGGGUUUUAAGAGGGCUAUAUAUGAUAGGCUUACUUAAACUAAGGUACCAGGACCCAGAUCUACCCAGACCUUAUAAGGUGCGUUUGCCAUUUAUAUUUGGAUCCAUAGCUAUAUCUUUGUUUCUAAUUUUGACACCAAUGAUUCAUUCUCCUAAAGUAGAGUAUAUCUAUGGGUUUAUCUUUAUUUUCAGUGGACUUCUGGGUUACAGGCUUCAUGUUCACCUUAAUCAACGUUCUGUUUGUUUUGAUAAAAUCACUUGUUAUUUACAAUUAUUAUUUAAUGUUUCACCACCUGAAGACCAAGAUGAAGGUAUUUCAACAGGAAAAAAACAUCUUGAAGAAAUCUUUUUGUAAAUAGGCAACCCUAAAUCUGUAAGUGGUUAAUGACUAAGCACAUUCAAUCUUUGCUUUAAAAUGUAUACACCCACGGGCACCUGGGUGGCUCAGUUGGUUAAGCAUCUGACUCUUGAUUUUGUCUCAGGUCAUGAUCCCAUGGUUUGUGA